CUUUCUCUAUUCUUAUUUUCAUUUUGAAAAUAUUGAAGUUUGAUAAACUCAUACUAUCUACAUCUAAAUAUGCUUCUUAAAACCCACCUCCUGAAGUAAAAUCAUUGAGUUAGUUUUCAAGGAAAUGAAACUGAAAUUAGUCUUUUUCAUUUUGGUUGCUGAUUGUGGGAAUGUCCCUAUACUAAAGGAGAGAAGAGAGUUAUUUAGCAGAAUAUCCUGGAUGAUCAGUAGGAGAGUUACAAGGAAUAUCUGUGCUGGGGAAAAGUGACUUUUGAUAAGGAAUGAUGGAGACAGUAUCACUUUUGCUAGCAAGGCUGCAGAAUCUGAUAGGUGGUUUUCAAUUUUGAAGUAGAAGCAAGAAGGUUGGAUCAAACAUGUCUGGAUCUGUGACCAGCAAUGGACCUCAUUUAAGAACUUGCUGUAAAAGAGCUUCAGGUGAUAAAGAUCUAAAGGAUCCCAGCUUCAGCCUGCAAACAGUCAAGCCCUGUUGUGGUCCUUUCAUGAGAGUCACAGGGAGACAGCCACGAAGCUUCUCAGUAUGUAGCAGGAACAGUAAAGACUGGAAGAUGCUGGAUCACCUUCAGAGUUAUCCAAGCACAAAUGAAAUUUUACAUGUGACCCCUGAGGAGUUCCAUUUAUGGAAGGUCCUACAGGAAACUCUGGAUUUUUCUCUUUGGAAGGUGAAAGUUGGCUGGCAACUAGUUGAGAACUCAGCAAUCAUUUCCUUCUCUGGACCCCAGAAAGUGGUCUCUAAUGCCAAGACUGCCAUCAGUAAACUGAUGAUCCUUCUCAAUUCCACUGUGAGAAUGAAUCCAUGGCCUGGUUUGAUUCAAGAGCAAAAAAAGAUGAGUGGUUUCUUUCAAGUAGGAAAUGGCCUUAGUCUUUAUCUUUGGAAAGGAGAAGCUUCCACCUUCCGAGCCUCUGUCAUCAUGAGCCUCAGCAGUGGGCCACUGGACAGACAAAAUAAGGUCAAACCAGUCCCCAAAGUAAGGGUACAGAGGCAGCAUAUCCUGAAUGAUCGAGGUAUUCCCCAGGUGUUGCUACAAGUGGUGCUAUCAUCCUCCUGGGCUGGCCAUAGCUCAGGGAGGAAGCUUACUUCUAGGGAUGAAAGCCAGGAGCUGACUGCCAGUGCUGUCACUUUGGCACUGCAAGCUGCGUCUCAGGAGAAAAGUGCUUCUUUGGUAAUCCACCCCACAGGUCCAACAGCCCUCGCAAAGGGGAUAACUCAGGGAGUCAAGGCCUUUAAGAACAUGCAGCCCAUGGGGAGCAGCCUGAAGAAUCUGACAGUUGCAGUAACUGAUGAUGACUUUGUAGCCGAGUGGGAGGUGGAAUGUUGCAGGUGGUGGCCCAGUGGAAAGAAUCUCCGCGUCCUCCUUCCCUACGUCAUGAGCUCCUGGGAAGCAGUAACAACUGAGGUAGUGUUUGGAAGCCUCUUCAGCCAGAAAACAGAUGUGGUUGUUUUCCCUUGGAUUCUGGAGCCCCACAAUAAAAGUUGGGUCCAGGAGACUACUACUCAGGUCCGUACAGCCCUGGAGACCAUUCUUACUGCCCAGAAUCUUGUCCAUGGAAAUAUCAUCACCAUUCCUGCUUCCAGCUUGCCUGGUCUGCAUUGCCAGAUCCUAUAUAUCAUCUGCCUGGAUGUGAGAUUGGUUCAACAGUGCCUAGAAGUUAGCAAGCAGGUCAUUCAGCAGGUGGUCUGGAGCUGCUUGGACAAUUUCCUUGGCUCUUUUCUGGAAUCCAUCUCCUUUCCUAUCUUAGACCUGGAGACUACUGGGAAUUCUAAUUCUUUGUGUAUUAUGUUGGAAGAGAUCAAUAACUUUUUAAAACAAAAACCCAACACAUGGAUGAAACUAGUACAGAUAAUUCAACCCCUACAAGCAGCCACUCCUCAGAAGAUGACUGAAUAUUUUAGGACCCCUCUUGAAGCCAUUGGUCUCUGUUGGAAGGAGGACCUUGCUUUCAUCCAGUAUCUUAAUGACUCCCCAGAUGUUUUCCAAGAGUUUGAAGAUGAUUUAAAGAAAGUAGGCUGUGUUUUCCAAACUUGUUACCCUUUGGGAGUGCUUCAGUUUGUAGCAGAAGGAGAACACUUAGAUCCAUCUAAUUGGGAGAAAGCUGUGGAGAAUGCUUUUCAGAAAAACAAGAAGAGAUAUGCUAUUCACUAUGAGUCCAAUACAGAUAUUCUAAAUAUUCUGAAGAAGCAACAAUCUCUAGUGAAGUCUUUUAAAAGUAUACAAGAAUACAAAGGCCCUUGCUUUGUAGGGCUAACUGAAGAAGUGAAGAUGUUUGUACAACAUAUUCAGGAAAUGGCUUUCAGUGAAAAGCCAGUGUGUGUGGAACAUCCCAUUCUCCAUCUUCCUAGAUUUACAGUAGUCAAAAACAUGAUAACCAAGUUCCUCUUUCCUCACUCUCCAGUGACUAUAGCCUUGGCAGAAGAUCCUUUAGGUAUGAUCACUUUUCAGGGGCCCCAAAAGGAUGUGCUUGAGGUGGAAAGGCAGUUUUAUAGUCUGUUUAGUGCUUUUAAGAACUGGCCAGUCUCGCUCUCCACAUUCCAAAUACAUUUUAUCCAGGGCCUCCAGGAAGAACUCUUUAAUGAGAAUUUUUUCCUUUCUCAAGAUAUUUCGGCAGUGCUUAACACUUCUGAUGGAAUUAAUAUUUGGGGGCUUGAUUUUGGAGAAUUGGUACAAGCAGAAGAAUUAUUGAAAAGCCUGGUUUAUGAGAGGAAGAUUGAUAUCGGGGAAGAGGUCCAGUGGGCAACCAGUGGCCUGGAAUGGGAAACUCUACUCAUAGCACUAAGAAAUCCAAAGAGAGUUAAUUUUUAUAGUGUCAAAUCACAGCUAGGUAUUUUGACUUCGGUGGUCAUAGUGGGCACCAGGAUUGAAGUAGCUGAGGCAGAAAUGAAUAUUAGGGAAUAUUUGAUGAGUUAUUCAAUAACUGAAGACAGAAUUAUUUCUCCUCGACUGGAGCUAGCUGAAGCCAGAGAAAACCUGUUUCGGAUAAUGAACUGGGGGGACUUAAAGGUGAAUAUUUGCAUUCAAAUCAACCAUUCUACUUUAACUUUGAAACUAAAAGGACUAAGGAAGCAUGUAAAAGAGGCCAGAGGAAUUGUUCAAGCAGAUCUAGAUUCAUUAACUAUGAGAAGCAUCCCCAUAAGGCACAGAGGAGUACAACAAUACCUUUUGGGAAUUGGAGCUACAGUUCUUUUCACAUUUGCUGAAGAACUCCAAUGUUUGGUGAAGAUGCAAGUGACAGAGAAAACCACAAAUACUUUGCUCUCUGAGGUCUCAGCUUAUAGGAAGGAGAAUGAAUUGACAUCUGUCCAAGAACUCCUGAAGUUUCUCAGAAGAUACAGAAAAGAACACUUUGCUCUUGGUGACUCUCCACUAGGACUGGUUCAAGUAUUGGGUAAGGAGAUGAAUUUAGUCAAAUUUCAGGAAGCUUUUGAAGACUUUAUGAAUGGAUAUUGCAGUGAAACAUUUGACAGUGAUAAAAUAGUCACUUUCAGCCAAGACUGUCUUCAAAAGGUCUUAAGCCAAGGGUACUAUUUCCCACUCAAUCUGCAUCAUCGUGGGAGUCUCUUACAGAUCCAAGGUUUUCAGGAAGAUGUGAAGAAAGCUGCUAUUGUUGUACAAACUUUAAUCCAGGAAGCUCAUGACAUAGAUAGAGCAGCAGAAGCCCUGAAAUCUGUGGUUCAAUGGCAAUAUGACAUUGGUAACACAGGUCUUUCCCCAUUUGAUAAAACUACAAAUCUAAAACUGGAAGCAGCAUAUAGGAAGGAAGAAGAGAACAUUGAAAUCAUCUUGAAUUCUAGAAAAGCCAAGGUCAACUUGAAGAAGAGGGAAGGUUUGGUACUAGACAUGGGGACAAUUUUUAAAAUAAAGCGGGAAAUCUGCAUAUGGGAGAUGAGCAUCCCUCAACAUUGGGAACCAAUGGAUGAUAACCCAGUGAAGACUGUGAAACUCUCAUCAAAUCAGGUGGAGUACCAGAGAGUAGCCCAGAAGUUCAAGUAUUCCAUGAAUAAGACUACCAUCCUUAAGAUAGAAAGAAUACAAAACCCAUACCUCUGGACCUCUUACAUUUACAAGCGAAACUGGAUGGAAAAAAAGAAUCCCCCAGGAGUACAGAAUGAGCAGUUUCUCUUCCAUGGAACAAAAGCAAAAAACUGCUCAUCCAUUAUUGAAAAUGGGCUAAAAAGUACCUGUAGGAAAAAUGGAAGAUAUGGCCAAGGAUCUACUUUGCAGUGGAUGCUUAUAUGUCCUCCCAAUUUUGUGGAAAAGGCUGUCAAGGAUCCAAGUUUUUGUUCCAAGUUCGUGUCCUUACUGGGGAGUAUGUUAAAGGUGAUUCAGAACUAAUAUUACCUCCAAGAAAACCAGGAGGAGGGAGAUAUGAUAGCUUGGUUGACUCGAUGGGUAUGCCAAGAAUAUUUGUAACCU